AUGGCCCGGGUGGUGAGUUUGUCUGCGCAGGCUUUGCAAGGUUCUGCCAUGCUGGGCGGAACUCAAGAUCUGUGGCUCACCACUUGCGAGGUGGCAGCCCAACGAUUGCUUUUGGCAUGCCCUGACUCUGUUUGGAUGCAGCUCAGCGCUUGGAAGAGCAGCGGAUUGGGCCCUGAGCUUUGGGACGAGGAAGAGUCCGAGGACGUCGAGCGAGAACGAUGCUGGGAAAGGGAGCUCCUCUUUGGUGUCUUUGUUUUGGCCUUCAUGCAACAACCCUCCAAAGCCCUCGGGCGUGGCAUCGUCGCUUCGGUGCCCAAGUUGUCCGCACACGUGUUGUUGCAUCUCUUGCUGCUUCGGGCAACAGGAUUGCUGGGACAUGAUGCACUGCGCCCCAUGUGCCACACAAUGUUGGAGGCUUUGGAGUCCAGUGGCAUCCAAGGUCCCAGCCACAAGGUGCAUGAGUCCGGCUAUCGUGGCAGACAGCUGCCCAAAGAGGCCCACACCGUGGCCAAAGUGCUGGUGAGGCUUGGUGGCUACCAUGCCCCGGAGCCGCUCCGUCGCCCCUGGAUCUACAGGCAUGCAGCUCUGGGAGUACAUUUGUUACUACCUUCAUCCUGGAGCCUGGACGAGGGAGGACUUCAACUCGAAGAAUAA